AUAAAACCCACACACUCUGAUCCAACGAAUCUAAUUGUCCGACCAGUCUCUCAGUCUCAGCAAACAUAUUUCUUUAUAUAUUUUACUUGAAUCUCAAAUACAACUCUUUUUUAUAGUAUUAAAUUGAAGCUUUCCUUGUUGGAAAUAACAUUAAAUAUUGUAGCUUUCCCUUCUUGUUCGACAUUCAUUUGUAUACCAAAUUUCUCUUUUCCACUUAAAUCAGAUUCCUAAUCCAUUCAUUCUCAGUCUUCUUCUCUUUCACCCUUCUGAUUACUUGAGUUUUCAAAACUAUAUGAACAGUUCGUUGGAUGAAGAACAGAGCGUGAAAGUUGCAGUCUUUAAACUAGGAUUUGGUAAUUUCCCAUUGUUUCAUGGGCAAUUCAUGCCGUGGAUCUUUCAGGGAGAGAAUCUACGAGGGCAGUAACACUAAGCCUGAAGAUAACUCCAAAAACUCUACCAACGUUUCUUCAGAUCGCUCUAAUUCCGACCACUUUCCGAACAACAACAGCGCUUCAGAGAUCAUUGCUCAAGAAUUCUCCAAAGAAGCUAACAAGAAGGACAACAACGCCAAAAAUCCAGCUCUUGUUAUUCCUUUGAGAGAACCAAUCAUGAGGCGUAACAUUGACAAUCAAGCUUACUAUGUUCUUGGUCAUAAGACACCAAACAUUCGUGAUUUCUACACUCUGAGCCGUAAGCUAGGACAAGGCCAAUUCGGAACGACUUAUCUCUGCACAGAAGUUGCCACGGGCGUUGACUACGCGUGUAAGUCGAUAUCCAAGAGGAAGUUGAUCUCCAAGGAAGAUGUUGAGGAUGUGAGAAGGGAGAUUCAGAUCAUGCACCAUUUAGCUGGUCACGGUAAUAUUGUGACGAUAAAAGGAGCUUAUGAGGAUUCUUUGUAUGUCCACAUUGUGAUGGAGCUUUGUGCUGGAGGUGAAUUGUUUGAUAGGAUUAUUCAGAGAGGACAUUACAGCGAGAGGAAAGCGGCUGAGCUGACCAAGAUCAUUGUCGGUGUUGUUGAAGCGUGUCAUUCGCUCGGUGUUAUGCAUAGAGACUUGAAGCCAGAGAAUUUCUUGUUGGUUAAUAAGGAUGAUGAUUUCUCCCUCAAGGCUAUUGAUUUUGGGUUAUCUAUCUUUUUCAAACCAGGCCAAAUAUUCACUGAUGUUGUUGGAAGUCCAUAUUAUGUUGCUCCUGAGGUUUUGCUCAAACGUUAUGGGCCUGAAGCUGAUGUAUGGACUGCUGGUGUUAUACUCUAUAUAUUGCUAAGCGGUGUCCCACCUUUCUGGGCAGAGACUCAGCAAGGGAUAUUUGAUGCUGUGUUGAAGGGAUAUAUCGACUUUGAAUCAGACCCGUGGCCUGUGAUAUCCGACAGUGCUAAAGACUUGAUCCGCAGAAUGUUAUGUUCCAAGCCUGCAGAACGCUUGACUGCUCACGAAGUCUUGCGUCAUCCAUGGAUCUGUGAGAACGGUGUUGCGCCAGAUAGAGCACUUGAUCCGGCUGUUCUGUCUCGUCUCAAGCAGUUCUCUGCAAUGAAUAAACUAAAGAAGAUGGCUUUGAAGGUGAGUGAGUUUGUUCAUAAAACCUUUAUCGUCUAUCGUCUCUGCAUCACUUCUCUUGAAACUGUAUGUGUUGUUCUUUGUUUUGGGGGUCAUCAGGUUAUAGCUGAGAGCCUCUCCGAAGAAGAGAUUGCUGGUUUAAGAGAAAUGUUUCAGGCAAUGGAUACUGAUAACAGCGGCGCAAUCACGUUUGAUGAACUCAAAGCUGGGCUGAGGAAGUAUGGAUCGACCUUGAAAGACACAGAGAUCCAUGAUCUAAUGGAAGCGGCUGAUGUGGACAACAGUGGGACAAUCGAUUACAGUGAGUUCAUUGCAGCGACGAUCCAUCUCAACAAACUGGAGCGGGAAGAACAUCUUGUAGCUGCGUUUCAAUACUUUGACAAAGAUGGAAGUGGUUACAUAACCAUCGAUGAGCUGCAACAAGCGUGUGUUGAACAUAGUAUGACCGAUGUUUUCCUUGAAGACAUCAUCAAAGAAGUUGAUCAGAACAAUGACGGGAAGAUUGAUUAUGGUGAGUUUGUGGAGAUGAUGCAAAAGGGAAAUGCUGGUGUUGGAAGAAGAACGAUGAGAAAUAGUCUUAACAUUAGCAUGAGAGACGCUAUUUAAUCUGUUUGUGACUGCAACGAUGUUCUUAUUCAUGGGAUCAACAUUCUCAAUGCUCACCACAUAGAGAAGGAGAAGGAGGAAGACCAAACCGGAUUCAUCGCUGUGGAGGAUCGAGCUAGUGUUUAAGUAGCUUUGGAGGUUUUUUCUUUACCUCUUUGUUUGUUUGUAUGUUUGUUAUGGCCAUUGUUGAAGUUAGUGAGAGCUUUGUUCAUCAUCUUCAAAUUGUUCAACUUUGUUCAAUCUUGUAUUUGUAAAACGAAAAAUGUCCUAAUGUUGUGUGAUUUCUAAGCAUUUUAUUUUUGAAAA